CGCAGGCGCAGUCAGAGCGAGCCUCCUCGCUGGACUCCAGGGCCUUGGCUGCGUCUGACUGACCUUUCCCUUCCCAGCUCCGCCUCCGAGAGAGAGAAGCCGCAGGAGGAAGAAGAGCUGCGGACUGAAGCCUCUGGCGACAUGGGCGAGCCAGGCAGCGAGGCCUCGAGGUUGUUCUCUGAUGGUCUUGAAAAUGGCUUGAAAUCAAAUGAGGAGCCCUUGUUAAGAAAAAAUCCUCGACGGUUUGUCAUCUUCCCAAUCCACUAUCCUGAUAUCUGGAAAAUGUACAAGAAAGCUCAAGCUUCUUUCUGGACAGCAGAAGAGGUUGACCUAUCUAAGGACUUCCCUCACUGGAACAAGCUGAAAUCAGAAGAGAAAUAUUUUAUUUCACACAUCCUGGCAUUUUUUGCAGCUAGCGAUGGAAUUGUGAAUGAAAACUUGGUGGAACGCUUUAGUCAGGAAGUGCAAGUCCCAGAGGCUCGUUGUUUCUAUGGCUUUCAGAUCCUAAUCGAAAAUGUUCAUUCAGAGAUGUACAGUUUAUUAAUAGACACUUACAUCAAGGAUCCUGAGGAAAGGGAUUUCUUAUUUAAUGCAAUCGAAACAAUGCCAUGUGUCAAGAAGAAAGCAGACUGGGCACUACGGUGGAUACGAGAUAGGAAAGCCACGUUUGGGGAGAGAGUGGUUGCUUUUGCCUCGGUUGAAGGAAUCUUCUUCUCUGGUGCCUUUGCAGCUAUCUUUUGGCUCAAGAAAAGAGGACUGAUGCCGGGUCUCACUUUCUCCAAUGAACUUAUUAGCCGUGAUGAAGGGCUCCAUUGUGACUUUGCCUGCCUAAUGUUUCAAUACUUAGUGAAUAAGCCUUCAGAGGAAAGAGUCAGAGAGAUCAUUGUCAAUGCUGUUGAAAUUGAACAGGAGUUUUUGACUGAGGCCUUGCCAGUUGGCUUGAUUGGAAUGAAUUGCACUCUAAUGAAACAGUAUAUUGAGUUUGUGGCUGACAGGUUACUUCUGGAACUGGGCUUCUCCAAGGUCUUUCAAGCAGAAAACCCUUUUGAUUUCAUGGAGAACAUUUCUUUGGAAGGAAAAACCAAUUUCUUUGAGAAGAGAGUUUCAGAGUAUCAGCGUUUUGCAGUGAUGGCCGAAACAAAUGACAAUGUGUUUACUUUAGAUGCUGACUUCUAGUAUUGCCUUCUUGGAAAAUGAAUCUUGCCAAAGUAUUCAUUUGCUGCUGGUUGCUGCAAAAGCUCCUGUUGCUUCUACUAGAAGUGGAGUGUUCUGGGAAUAUUUCUCUGCUUCCUCACAGUCGAUGGAUUGUUUCUUAUGCAAUAUAUUUAUUGCAGGUGACGGUAUAAAUAGGAUGAGUGCAUUUGUACUCUUAAACCAAGGUUAUCUGUAUAAAAUUGUGCAACUUUUAUACUUAGAGUUUAAUAUUGUGGCACACUAAGAGACAACCCACUUGUAUAUGUAGCAGUAAUCUUAGAUUGAAUUUAUGAAAUAAUAACUGGAUCUUUUAACAGCACUUUACCAUUUUUUCUCCCUCUCCUUGAACUUCUCUUGAUACUUAGGGCUCAGAUGAAGGAUUCAUUGCUGUGCAACCUGCAGCAAUGCUCCAACAUAUUAUAUAUACUCAUAUAUAACUUGACCUUGUAUUGGUCAUGAGCAGUUUUUGGGGUCUAAAUUAUGGAAUUUGAUAUGGCCUGUGGACGUUGAAGGUCACUCCACAAAGAGGGGAAAGCAUCAGUGUUGGGGUCCAUUGGCUGCCAUUUCCAAAUCUUGCUACUGAAAAAGGCCAGAAGCAGCAACACAGCAGAGGGAGUAGGGAGAGCCAGUGCUUCUCACAUUAAGCUCUUGCCUAUUCAAAGAAGGGGAUUGUUUCCUUUUUUGAGAAAUGUUAAGGUACAUUACUCACAUUGACCUGUUGGCAAGUUGACCCAGUUUUUUGGGGGCAGUUUUUUAAACUAAAAUUUCUAGACUUAUACAUGAAUAUAUACAGUGAUCCGACUGAAGAACUCUUUUGUCCAGCAUCCUGUUUUACAUUGUAGGUAAAGGUAAAGGUUUUCCCCUGACAUUAAGUCCAGUCGUGACCGACUCUGGGGGUUGGCGCUCAUCUCCAUUUCUAGGCCGAAGAGCUGGCGUUGUCCAUAGACAUCUCCAGGUCAUGUGGCCAGCAUGAUUGCAUGGAGCGCCGUUACCUUCCCGCCGGAGCGGUACCUAUUGAUCUUCUCACAUUUUGCAUGUUUUCGAACUGGUAGGUUGGCAGGAGCUGGGGCUAACAGCGGGCGCUCAUUCCACUCCCGGGAUUUGAACCUGGGACCUUUUGGUCUGCAGGUUCAGCAGCUCAGCGCUUUAACACACUGUGCCACCAGGGGCCCCCUUUACAUUAUAGCCAACCAGAUAUUCAUAUCCAGGCAGUCCACAAGUUACAGACAUCCAACUUACAAAUGACUCAUAGUCAAGAACGGAGUUGAGAUAACAGGAAAAUGAGAGGACUCUGCUCCUUGGAAGGGAAAAUCACUUCUGAAAGAGUUAUAAUGGGGAAAAGAUGUCUCUACUGAAAUUUCUCACUGAUUCUUGUUUCCACAACAAGCCAUUUUUUUUCAAAAUCCCAUUACCACAGGGUCAGAGAGGUGGUAUCUUCUGAAAAGGGGCACAGACAGCAAAACAGACACUGUAGUGUGACCACUGGAACAUUUACAGGUUGCAUUAGUGUAAUUCUUUUUAAGACAGAGGAAAUGCAUCUGUGUUGAUAGUUUCUCAAUUAGUCUCACAGAAAACUGAUGUAGUGAAUAGUGUGAUGGAUACAGAACUGGAGAGAUAUAGUUUCAAAUGAUUCUAUAGUCAGGAUUCACUGGAUGGCCAUGAAUUAGUUUCAUGCUCUCACCCUAAAUUACCUCAUGGAGUUGCUGUAAAGAUGAAAGUGAGUGUGCAUGUGUUCCAUGUCUUGUUACUUUGAGCUUUUACAGGGGAAUCUAAAAUUAAAAAAGAAAUAAACAAAUUCCACAAAUGUUCACUUUUAAAGAGUGGAAACAAAAUAAAAAUGAAAUAACCUAAACACCUGUAUGAACAAACAGAAGAAUGUAUUCACAGACAAAACUAAUGCUGUUUUGAUUGUUUCAUCUGAAUAUUAACAAAGAAGGUUUCUUUAAUUCAAGUGUUUUGCUGUUGAAUACCCUUUGCGUCAGUGUAACUUAGGAAGAAUGUUGUGUGUACCUAGAAAAAGGAAUUGGGUAAGUGGCUGCAUAAAUGAUUCUUUAUUCUGAUUAAUGAAAACCAGUACAGUUCCUGCCAUAGGGUGAUUCAGGAGAAUUGGCUGUUUGACCAGAAGACCUUUUGGCUGCAAAGUUGGUCAUCUGUCUUCUGUAGCUCACAUUGUGCGGAGUUAGCAGGGUUGGGCAUUUGGUCUGCAGGGUGUUUGAGUACAAAAUACAAAAGCUUUGUAAAGUUACUCGUCUUUGCAGAGUUUGUUGGCACCACAGAAAUGAUUGGGUAAAAGAUAGAGAGGGCAGGGGAGGGUACCAAAGUUAUCCCUCCAAUAGAACAAUGUAUUUUUUGCAGGCAUGAGAUAAAUGUUCCAGUCUGCAUAUUCUUAUUAUUUAUUAAUUAUAGAAUCAUAAAUCCAGUUAAUGAAAAAAAUGAAGAUGAAGUAAUAGUGCAGUUGUGCAUGUAAUCUCGAGGCACACCACCGUUUUAGUUUAGUACAAACAUUUAUGUAGCUGAAAACUGCAGUAAUCCAGAGUGAGGGCCUAGAAAAAUUUGUCCUAGAAAAAAGAUAGCAUUCAAUGCUGACCAUAAUUCAUAUUUACUUUAUAAAGUCUAUUGCUGCAUUUGGCCCUAAUACAACUCUGGUUACACUUAAGUAUUGUUCUAGAUGAGAGAUGCACAUUAGCAUCUCUAUGGAAAAGUGUAUUCUGCCAGUUCGGUGGACUCUAACAAGCAUUGCCAUUUAUUCAGAUUCCUUCUAAUUGAAUAUGUCUUCUCUGUAGACCUGUGAGAGAGAUGUCAAAGUGCAAUGAGUUACAGGGAAAAGGCAGAAACCAGCAAACAAAAUGGUUUAUAGCCCACCCCUUCCAAAUCUGCAGAUAUUAGUACAUUACCAACUCAGCAAAAUAUUCUUAACUCCUAUGUACAGCAAGGAGUAUGUUUUCUCUGAACUCAAUGAUUAGAUAUAUCCAGGAAUGUGCUGCAUUUUCACUGUUUGCUUUAAUCUUUCUUCUUUCAUAAGUUUGUUUGACAUCUUGAAUGAUUGCUUACUACAGUAAAGUCAAAAAAUAGACUAUAUCCCAGGGAGCACUUCAGAAACGUAAGUUGGAGCUAUUGACUCUGGAUGAGUUUUGAAGCUGUUUCCAACAUUGUUUCCAACAUUAAACCUUUUUUCAGCUAACACUCAACUGUAAAUCUACUAGCAAAUUCUGUUGUUAAUUGUUAAAUGUAUCAUAUUUCUUCUACAGUUAAACCAAUCAUAAAUGUAAAACGAAAUGUAUGAAGGUUAUCUAAAAAUUGUUCUUCAUUUGGCGUUCCUUUUGUGCGCUACUAUUUAAAACAAUUGGAAUAAAAAGCACUGGAACAAA